AUGGCGUCCCCCGAGCCCGCCGCGCAGCCGAGCCUCGCGCAAGAGAGCCCCACUCCCACACCCGCCGCGGCGCCCUCUGCCGCGCCCGCGGCUGAGCAAGAAGGGCCGCCGCAACCGCAAGAACCUGUCCCCGAUGCGGAGGCGGAGAACGCGGAGGGGGAGGAGGAAGGUGAGUGCGGGUUCUGCCUCUUCAUGAAGGCCGGCGGCUGCAGGGACACCUUCGUGGCGUGGGAGGAGUGCGUGGAGGCGGCGCAGAAGGACGGCGACGACAUGGUCGAGCGCUGCCACGAGGCCACUGCCAACCUCAAGAAGUGCAUGGACGCGCACGCCGACUACUACGCGCCCGUGCUCAGGGCCGAGGAGGCCGUCAACGAGCGCGCCGAGGCCGAGGCCGCCGCCGCCGCUGCUGCGGCCGACGACGCCGCGAAGGGCAAGGGAGGGGAGCCAGCGAUUGAUUCGGAGAAUAAGGAAGAAGCCGUGCCCCAGCCGGCUGCUUCCUCCCCGCCAACCGCCGGCGUGGGGAACGAUGCGGAGAAUAAGGAAGAAGCCGUGCCCCAGCCGGCUGCUUCCUCGCUGCCGGCGGCCGGCGAGGCGAAGAAAGAAGCAGCAGUUGCUGAGAAGAUUUGA